AUGGCCCAGCAAAUCAUAAGAGAACGUAUUCUGGAGUAUCAUUCGGACGUUGGGGGUGCUUGGGGAGCAGCAUACGCCGUUGGUACGCCUAUCUCAAUAUAUUUCCCUUAUUCACAAGUACGAGCCACUAAGUCUGAAGCCCUCGUAUUGAUCUAUUACGCAAACAUCGGACGUGUGAAUAGUGCACUUGUCACAGGAAUCUGUGUUGCAUUGGCAGUCGAAUACUUUCACGGUUUUCCUCGAGAUUGCACGAGGAUCCGAGCCUCGGUGAUUGUUGUGGUAGCCACCACGGUGGUCGGGUUAUUUUUAUCAAUGGAUCUUACUUAUCUUCGUUUGGUCGCAAACGAGACCCCUCCAGGAGAUCACCAGCCUGAUCAAACCCUGCUCGCUUCUGUUGCAGGUUUUGGUGAUAUUCCAUGGCAAGAUGAUGCAGUGGCUUUAGUUUGCGGCUCUGCUUACUGUGUUGCAGUUCGAAAAAGACUAUUGAUCCUUUGGUGUGGUAUUCUGAUGGCAAUCAUAUUUCUCAGCACAUUUUUUCGUGCUAUAAUUGGGCUAGCACCGACCGACUGGUUUGACGGUGCAGUACGCCGGAGUUUCCUGUUUAAUUUCUUGCAGCAGACCGUUGAACCUUUUUCAAUGACUGUCUCAGGUCCUGUGCCCGAGGAUGACCUUCCUCUGGCUAAUGUGGCCAGUACGCAGGCUAAUAGGGAUGUCUCUCUGAGCAGAAGCUCCCUUUUGCUAGAUAUCGGCAUCGCAAUGACUAUCCUGUCACAUUUGCGACGACCUCGUCACAGUCAGCUUCAUCAGACUAUCUUACCAUCACACGGUACCGGGCCCCCUUGUAGAAUUGGACUUUCACCUCUUACCCAAACCCUUAAUCUUUUGCCAAGCACCGGUCGCCCGUCUGCUCCGCUUUUGAGCCGACUCCUUACUACGAUACUCACAUCAUUUUCUCUCACCGCAAUCCUGAUGUUCUCUCUGCUUAUACUUGUGGUGGCCAUGCACGGUACCGAGUUCGACCCCCGCUUUCCUAAAGCCACUGGCAUUUUUACCGCUCUUCGACUUCUCACCACACCUACAUAUGCUGUCACUUUCCUUUACACCCUGAACAGAAGAAAAUACAAUGUGGCACCAACAGCACCAGCCUUUAGGCGCCCAGAAUUAGAAAUGCAGCUUCUUUCUUCCUCAGGAGUAGGCAAUUGGCUUAAAAAUACUGAAAUGCCCGUAUAUCAGCCUACGUUCUUUACUACGCUGCCAGCUCCAGGUCAGGAUCGAGAUAUCCGCAGUAAAGCUAUAGCAUUAGGAUGGACAACAUGGACAUCUCUUCGACGGUAUCCUUUCCGUCGCGCUUCCGCCCCGCUACCUCCGCCUAUCCAUGCCUCAGAGGGUCAACUUGAUUCUAUAUAUCACACCAAAAGAGGGCCUUACAAUAUCCUAUACCCAACCGCGCAAGGAGGCAUUGUAUUUCAAUUUUAG